AUGGCUGCAAAAACAGGUGCUCAACUUAUCGCGCGCACCCUGCGCGACCUUGGGGUCACAGUAAUAUUUGGCAUCGUCGGCAUACCCGUCGUCGAGAUUGCAGAGGAAGCGAUCAACCUGGGUAUUCGAUUCGUCGCCUUCCGCAACGAGCAAGCCUGCAGUUAUGCAGCCAGUGUCUAUGGAUACAUGACAGGACGGCCUGGUGUCUGUCUCGUCGUCGGCGGUCCUGGAGUUCUCCAUGCAUUGGCCGGGAUCGGAAACUCAUCAGCGAAUAACUUUCCCCUUCUCGUGCUCGCUGGAUCGGCCGAGUCUACACUCGUGACCAAAGGUGCCUUCCAGGAAAUGGACGCCAUUUCCCUCUUGACCCCCCACACCAAGUUCGCCGUCCGUGCCUCCUCGCUCGAUUUUAUCCCCAGUGCUGUUAAGAAUGCCUACCGGACAUGUUGGUAUGGCCGCCCGGGACCGACAUUUGUCGACCUACCUGCCGAUAUCAUCCAGGGAAAGCUGUCGCCGGAGUAUGCGAUGCCACAGCCAGAGACCUUAUUAGUCGCAUCACCACCUAAAUCGAGCGGUGACCCUUCCUUGAUUCUGAAGGCUACUCAGCUUUUGAAAACCGCUCAAGCCCCGCUGCUUGUUAUUGGAAAAGGCGCUGCAUAUGCGCGCGCCGAAUUGGGUAUCCGCAAGCUGGUUGAGCAGACACAGAUCCCGUUCCUUCCGACGCCCAUGGGGAAGGGCGUAGUGCCGGACUCCCACCCGCUGAAUGCAUCCAGUGCGCGAAGCGCUGCAUUGAAGCAUGCAGACGUUGUCGUCAUCUUGGGCGCACGGCUCAAUUGGAUCCUUCACUUUGGCGAGACACCCAAGUGGUCUCCCAAGGCGAAGAUUAUCCAAGUCGAUAUCUCGGCAGAGGAGAUUGGGCGGAACGCCGCGAGCACAGAGCUAGGUAUCUUGGGAGAUGUAUCCCUCGUUGUCGAUCAGCUCACAGCAUCGCUGUCCAAUUGGCGAUACUCGUCUUCCGCCCAGUUCCCAAGGUUACUCGCAGACUCGGCAAAGAAGAACGAAGACAAGGCUCAAAAGGCCGCUCUCCGACAAACACCCGCCAAUACACCACUCACAUACCAGCGCGCCUAUCAUAUUAUCAAAUCAACCCUCAACUCAUUGACACCCGCUGAAGGCGGCGAUAUCGUGUACGUCUCCGAAGGCGCCAACACAAUGGACAUUUCCCGCUCCAUCUUCCCUCUAUACCACCCGCGUCAGCGUCUCGACGCAGGAACAUACGCUACAAUGGGAGUAGGCAUGGGGUACGUCAUCGCAGCGCACGAAGCAUUCAACGCGAUCCCCGAGGGAACAGCCAAGCCCAAGAAGAUCGUCGCCUUUGAAGGCGACAGCGCAUUCGGCUUUAGCGCCAUGGAGAUUGAAACACUGGCCCGAUAUAGAAUCCCCGCGUUGAUCUUCGUAGUCAAUAACUCGGGCAUUUACCACGGUGACAGCACCUCUGAGGGCGCGUGGAAGACACUGCAGGACCAAACUGUCUCGAAUAAUACCAAGUCCGACGAUGCACCUGAGAAGAAGGGUCUACGGUCAACGAGUCUCCUCUAUGAGACUAGAUAUGAGAUGCUGGCCACGAUGUGCGGCGGCAAGGGGUACUUUGUGCGGAACGAGGAGGAGCUAGAGAAGGCGACGAGGGAGGGUUUCCUGAGUGAUACGGUCACUCUUGUAAAUGUUAUUGUUGAGCCGGGCAUUGGGAAGGAGAUUGGUUUUGCGUGGCAGAACCAGGCGAAGGAAAAUCCGCAAGAGGGAAAGGCGAAGCUAUAG